AGUUUCCUUGUCCCCUUCCCAAUCCAGCCAAGAAGCUGACCUUUGACCUUCCUCUCAGGCCCCUCGGCCAGCCAUGAAGCUGCACCGAAAGCCGCUGCUGGGCUACCUCCGCGGGAGCGGGGGCCGCAGGCCGGACCGGGAGGGGAUGCUCCUGAAGAAGGGCUACCGCAACCCCACCUAUCAGCGCCGCUGGUUUGUCCUGUGGGGGAACAUCCUCUACUACCUGGAGCGGCAGGGAGACCAGUCGCCUCUGGGCCUGAUCCUGCUGGAGAACUGCCAGGUGGAGCCUCGGCCGGAGGCCAGCGUGCCCUUCGCCUUCGCCAUCUCCUUCCCGGCCGCCGAGGACGGCCGGGCCUACAGGCUGGCGGCCGAGAGCGAGGCGGAACUGGGGGGCUGGCUGCGGGCCCUGAGCGGGGCCGGCUGGGGGGUCCUGCUCCGGCUCCUGGGGCCCCUGGAGGCCCAGUACCGCCGCGUCUGUGAGCAGGCCGGGCUGGAAGCCCGGGCCUUGCCCCCGGACCAAGCGAGCGGCUCCUUCUCCCCCCGUCCCGCGGUCCCUUCGGGCUUCCAGGAGCUGCACCGGCGGUUCGGAGAGGAGAUCCGGGCGCUGAGGGGAAGGCCGGCCCGGGGACAGGGCCACCUCUUGGACUUCGGAUAAGGGACGGGCCUCCCCCGGACGGUCAGAUCGGGGAGACGCCGGGGACCUCGGCGGGCAGUCCGUGAAACGGUUUCGGCGAAGCCCCCCUUUUCAAUCAAGUCCAACGACCUCUUUUAGACUGUGAGCCCACUGUGGGGUAGGGACUGUCUCUCUAUGUUGCCCAUUUGUACAGCGCUCUCCACACAGUAAGUGCGCAAUAAAUACGACUGAUGAUGACCUCUCCCCCGCCGGCUCCUCGCCCUCCCCUUUCCCCCGCCCCGGACCGUCCCACAAUAAGCAGGCAAGAGGCGGACGGUCAGAUCGGGGAGACGCCGGGGACCUCGGCGGGCAGUCCGCGAAACGGUUUCGGCGAAGCCCCCCUUUUCAAUCAAGUCCAAUGACCUCUUUUAGACUGUGAGCCCACU